GCUAUGCAAGUGGGCGGUGACUAGGCGGCUUGGAAGGUUUGGCUUAGCUCUUCCGUGUCCCGAGAGGGGCUGAGCCAUGGAGGUUUCGGCCCUGCGAGAGGAGCUGGACUCGAUGUUCCUGCAGCUGCUCAGCGACCUGGAAGAGCUAGAGGCGAAACGGGCGGCGUUAAACGCCCGGGUGGAGGAGGGUUGGCUCUCGCUUGCCAAGGCUCGCUAUGCCAUGGGUGCCAAGUCGGUAGGGCCCCUGCAGUAUGCCUCGCGUAUGGAGCCUCAGGUCUGCGUGCGCGCCAGCGAGGCCCAGGAUGGACCCCAGACCUUCAGGGUGAUCAAAGCUGACUCCCAGACCCCCGAAGAAUUGGGGCCCCGCGAAGCAUCUCUGCGUAGGCGCAAGGGUCCUACUAAGACCCAAGAGUCAGGGGCCUCAGUGGUCCCUCAAGAUCCCUUGAACUGGUUUGGGAUUUUGGUUCCUCACAGUCUUCGGCAAGCCCAGGCCAGCUUCCGGGAUGGCCUUCAGCUGGCUGCAGAUAUAGCCAGCCUCCAGACUCGAAUCACCUGGGGUCGGGAUCAGCUCCGGGGCCUCCAGAAAAGACUGAAGGAGUUGGACCCUGGGCCUGCCUGACCGGAAUCUACUUCCGGAGGCACUGAGCAGUCUUCUUGGAUGCCCUGCCUUACUCUUUCUUUCAUAAUAGCCCCUGCCUCAGCUAAUGCCCUCCUCAAAAUGUCCUUAGUCUGCAUCGUUCCCAGCUCUGUGAAUUAGGAAGUUGAGUUCUGAAGUUUGCUGAGCCAAGUGGAGCAGUGUCGAAAGCGGCUUGUAGGAAGCCACUUCCAGGUCCACGUUCUCAUAGAGCCUCCCGCCCUUUGGGCAAGUUAGGGAACAAGUGAAUAACCUCGCACGGGCCAAGUGGGAUGAGGGAACACUGCAUGCAUCGUAAUGGGAGAAAAGGAGUCUGGGAACUUAGGCCAGAUCAGGACAGUGUCAUUCAAUAGAAAUACCUCUGGCUGGGCAUGUAGUGCAUACCCACUACUACACUACUAGUCCCAGCAACCAGCAACUCUAGAGGCUG